AUGGCAACGUCAGAGUGGGGCGGCUGCCAUUUUAAUCGCGUGGGCGUCUCAUUGCGCAUGUGCCUCACCUUGGCCACACCCCUGGCGUGUCUUAGCCACACCCUUGUCUUCACCGCAGGCCACGUUGCGUGCGGGCUGGGCGGUGCGCUCUCUUCUCAUUGGUCAACAGACGCGCACGUGUCCGCCCCUCGCACUCUGAUUGGUGAGCGCGGAGGAGUUGCCGGCGCUGAUUGGCUGUUCUCCCCGGGGGAGUGGCUAGAGGGCGGGUUCGUGCGGCCGAUCAUGGCGGGUGCUGGGGUGCUCCCGCUGCUGCUGCUGCUGCUGGCGGCGAGCGGCGCCGCGGGUGAGCCGUGCCCCGAGCCCACCAUCGUCCCCUCCUAUUACACCACCUCGGACGCCGUCAUCGCCUCCGAGAGCGUCUUCGUGGUGGAGAUUUCCCUGGUCUGCAAAAACGGCGCCCAGAACGUGGCUCUUUACGCCGAUGUGAACGGGAAGCAGUUCCCGGUGACCCGCGGGCAGGACGUGGGCAGGUACCAGGUAUCCUGGAGCCUGGAGCACCGCCAGGCCCAGUCGGGAACUUACGAGGUGAAAUUCUUUGAUGAGGAAUCCUACAGCGCCCUGCGCAAGGCCCAGAGGAACAACGAGGACGUGUCACGGAUCCGGCCGCUCUUCACCGUCAACGUCGAUCACCGGGGUGCCUGGAACGGGCCCUGGGUGUCUACGGAGGUGGUGGCAGCUGCCAUCGGGCUCGUGGUUUAUUACCUGGCCUUCAGCACCAAGAGCAGCAUCCAGGCCUAAAAAAAACUCCAAAAAAUCCCGAAACACCGUCCCAAAAAAACCUCCUAAAACCCCU